GGCGCUGACAGUCGCUUUCCCAGCACCCACAGUCCCCUCCCCCGGUGCCGCCGUGGGGUGGGACUCCCCGGCGGGCCACUGUCUACCGUCCUGCUACCCUUACCCACCCCACCGGGGUCGGUGCUGGGCCGGGCUCCCCCACCCGACGGCGCGUCCCCGGGACAGCGGCUCCUUCCGGGACGAUGCCCCGGCGGCUCGGCGGGGGCUGGCCGGUGGCUCCAAACCUCUUCCCGACCGCCGCUGUCUUCCUGGGCGCGUUCUGCUUCCCCGGGGCGCUGACCUCCUCCCUGCUCACAGGAUCCGUUGCAAAAUGUGAAAAUGAAGGGGAAAUUCUGCAGAUACCGUUUAUCACAGACAACCCCUGUAUAAUGUGUGUUUGCCUGAAUAAGGAAGUGACAUGCAAAAGGGAGAAGUGUCCAGUGCUCUCCAAGGACUGUGCUCUCGUCAUUAAGCAGAGAGGAGCUUGCUGUGAGCGUUGCAAAGAUUGCAGUUUUGGAGGACAUACAUACAACAGCUCUAUGAAAUGGCACCACCCCAGCAAUCCCUGUGUUACAUACCAGUGCCAGGAAGGAGUGAUAGUAGAAUCAGAGGUACAGUGUGUUGUCCCUUGCAAAAAUCCUACCAAACUCAUGGGAAUGUGUUGUCCUGUGUGUCCAGGUUGUAUAUUUGAAGGGAGACUUUACAAUGAAGGAGAAGAAUUUAGGCCUGAAGGAAAUAAAUGUACCAAGUGCUCUUGUAUUGGUGGCCGGACACAGUGCAUUCGAGAAGUCUGCCCCAUUCUCUCCUGUCCCCAGCACCUCAGUCACAUUCCUGCUGGACAGUGUUGCCCCAAAUGCUUAGGACAGAGGAAAGUGUUUGACCUCCCAUUUGGAAGCUGUCUCUUUCACAGCAACGUGUAUGAUAAUGGGUCUUCAUUUAUUUAUGACAACUGCACAGUGUGUACAUGCAAGGAUUCAACAGUGAUAUGUAAGAAGAGGUGCUUACUUCCUGGUGAAUGCAAUAAAAACAAAGACCACUGCUGCAAGGAGUGUGUCUCAUAUCUCUCUCCUGAGGAAGUGAGAAUGUGCAAGUUUGGCAACAAGAUCUUCCAGGAUGGAGAGAUGUGGUCCUCUGUGAACUGCACCAUCUGUGCUUGUGUAAAAGGCAAGACAGAGUGUCGCAAGAAGCAGUGCAUUCCAGUCAGCAGCUGUCCUCAUGGUAAAAUCCUGAACAGGAAAGGAUGCUGUCCUAUUUGCACUGAAAAGCCUGGCGUUUGCACUGUAUUUGGAGACCCUCACUACAACACUUUUGAUGGACGGACAUUUAACUUUCAGGGAACAUGUCAGUACGUUUUGACGAAAGACUGCUCCUCCUCUGCCUCGCCCUUUCAGGUGCUGGUAAAAAACGAUGCCCGUCGGACCCGUUCUUUCUCCUGGACAAAGUCAGUGGACCUUGUGUUGGGCAGAAGCACUAUCAGCCUCCAGCAGCACCUCACAGUGAAGUGGAAUGGGACCCGCAUCUCCCUACCUUGCAAGACACCACAAUUUCAGAUCGAUCUGGAUGGUUAUUUGUUGAAAGUGACAACCAAAGCAGGCUUGGAAAUCUCAUGGGAUGGAGACAGCUUUGUGGAAGUCAUGGCUGCGCCUCAUCUGAAGGGCAAGCUCUGUGGUCUGUGUGGCAACUACAAUGGGCACAAGCGAGAUGACCUGAUCGGGGGGGACGGGAACUUUAAGUUUGAUGUGGAUGACUUUGCCGAGUCCUGGCGUGUGGAGGCCAAUGAGUUCUGCAGCCGCCCGCAGAGAAAACCUCUGCCUGAGCUCUGUCAUGGGACGGUCAGGGUGAAACUCCGAGCCCAUCGGGAAUGCCAGAAACUGAAAGCAUGGGAGUUCCAGAGCUGUCAUUCAACCGUGGAUUAUACCACAUUUUACCGGUCCUGUGUGACUGACAUGUGUGAGUGCCCGGUUCAUAAAAACUGCUACUGCGAGUCAUUCCUGGCGUAUGCCCGAGCCUGUCAGAGGGAAGGGCUCAAAAUCCACUGGGUACCAGAGCAGAACUGUGCAGCAACUCAGUGUAAACACGGUGCAGUCUAUGAUACGUGUGGUCCAGGAUGUGUCAAGACAUGUGACAACUGGAACGAGAUUGGCCCAUGCAACAAGCCCUGUGUUGCAGGAUGCCACUGUCCAGCAAAUUUAGUUCUUCACAAAGGAAGAUGCAUCAAGCCAGUCCUGUGCCCACAGCGAUGACAUUAGUUCUCUUCCCAUGGACAUUAAUGCGAGUGGUCACUGACCCCUUUGAUGCUCACAGUCAGUGAAGGACUCCAGAUGUUUAUGUGCAGAUACUGCAAAAUACACGUCUACUCACAGAGUGUAAAUAUGCUCCUAUGUGUGUAUUUAUGUGUUUAUGUAUACACACAUGGCACCUAGAAAGAUAUAUAAAUGUAUACUGUGUGUAUGUACAUACACAUAUCUAUACACAAGUGCCCUAAAACGUAAGUACAACCCAUAUAUUUAUAUAUAUGUCCACACACUCAAAUAUACAUCAUUUCUAUAUAUCAUAGAAGGAUGAAUUAUUAUAUGUAUAUUUUUUGCUAUAAAGUUUAUGUAUUAUUAUUUCUAGGACCAUGAUCUGUAAGUCAUUGUUUAAAUAAACCAGGUGUUUUUAAUAUAAUAUACUGGCAUGAAAAGAUUGGAUGACUUUGCCAUUGCAUAAAUUUGACGUUUCCAAGGAAACUUUUCUAGGGCCAUAGCACUGCCAGACUGGAUUAGUUUCAACACAGAACCUGGAUUUACAGUUGUACAGGAAACACAUUUCUCUGGAGAUGGAGGAUUUAUCUAGGAAUAUUUCAUGCGUACCUUAGAGCUGCAUAGCGAUUGGUGACAGUGCUUAAUCAGGCAGAGAAAGCUGGGGAUUGGCUUUUAUGCUUUACUGAAAUUACUGUGCAAAAUGAUUUCCAAAGCUGGUUGGCCAGCUGCCAGCAGAGAGAUAUUUCUUUCUGGAACAGCACCAAAGAGUCAGGGGCCAGACUUUCAAAAGUGUUCGGCACCCAGCAGCUCGCUUUGAAAACCUGACCACUUCCCAUUUCAUAUCCUAAUGCCCCGUCUCUGCUGUUGUGUUUGGCAGUAGCUGUGAAUACACAAUAAGGAGCUUGAAGAAAACAGUCAUGUACACAUUAGCCCCUUUAACAUGUUUCAAACUGCUGGGUUUGUUUCAUAUUUCACCCAAAUAUUAUGCAGAGAGCAAAUCCCACUGUGAAUUGAAGUGUUUGAUUUCAGCGUGCCUUAAAACAUGAAAUAAUGCCGGGUUUAGUAGCUCAUUUCAUUUAUCAGGAUGGUUUAGAAGAAAGACAAAUUCACCCCAGCAAAAAAACAGUAAAGAAUGUCAAAUGCUAAUUGGAAAACUGCAAUUUAUUUCCUCACUGGUCUUUUGCUUGAGGUUUAUGAACAUGUGGGCUCUGUGAAGUUUGCAUGACUUUUGAAGUCUCCCAGGGGAGAAGCAAUAAUAUGGGAUUUCAUUAGAAACUGUUAAAAAAGCCAUACAACUUUCUCAAGCCUAGAGGAGAGGGGGGGAGGGUGUCGUGCUAUUUUUUUUUCCACUGGAAAACCUCUUGUAGAGCCUGAUAGAAUGGUCUCUGGAGAUGACAGAAAUCUUUGGGCAUCUGAUUUAGGUUUAUAAUGAAGUAAUAUCCUCCCACAUAGCUACUUCUGUUAUGCCUUGUGUUGAAAUUGCACAUUGUAAUGCUUUGAACAGUUUUCUCCUUCCAUUCUUCACUCUCCAGGAAGUUUUGCAGGGUCUGAGUUUACAGUGAGUGAGUGGGUGCAACACAUUUGUGUUGUACAAUCUGCCUGCAGUCCCAUCCUGGAGGAGGAUGCUAAGUGAGACCGGUUAGUUUAGGUACCACGCUAACCAAGAUGCUGCGCCAUCACAGUGUUAAAGAGAGCUGGGCAAAUAAUGCCAGGAGUGUUCUGUGGAUCUUUAUCCACAUCUUAAAUAAACUCAGCUUGAUCUU